AUGGCAGCUGGAGUGAUACAAACUCUAAGCAAAUUCAGUCUACCAACGGAAUUCAAGCAUCCAUUCCGGCUCUCCAUGGCUGGCCAGGAGAUGGCCUUCCAAUAUUUAUCUGGAGAAGAAGACACAGAAGAGGAAGAGGGAGAUGAGGGAGAAGAGGAAGGAAAGGAAGAAAUGGAGCUAGCAGAAGAUCUUGAGGAGGAGGAGGAGGAAAGCACCUGCAGCACCCAUGAAGAUUUCUGCUCCCCACCACUGUCAGGGCAAGUGGUAUACUACACAGAUCUGAUCAGGAUUUCUCAGCGUGGGGAGACUGAGGAUAAGGAAGACUUUUUGGACCCCCACAAACCUUUUGAGCAGCUCUGGAGAUCCCUGUGCAGGAAAGAUGAAAAGUUGGGUCCCCUGGCUGAACUCUUUGAAUAUGGCCUGUGUAGGUGUCUUCAGCGGCACCUCUCUCCUGACAAUAAGAAAUUGAUGAGGCUGGAGAAGAAAUAUGCACAUGUCACCCCCAUGCAGGGCAGGAAGCUGCCUCAGUCCUUUUGGAGGGAGCCGACCCUCAGCCCCAUAGGCACCCCCAACAGCAACCCCCCAGAUUUUAGUGAUCUACUGGCUAAUUGGACUUCUGAAUCUGGCCAGGAGGAGCUGAACGCCAGCCGAGAGCAGCUUGGUGAGGUGGCCAGUGAUGGACACUGA